UUUAAGAGUCUUCUAAUUAAUUUCAGCUGAUUCAAGGUAUUUUGCCAGAACUCCCUGUAGCAAGGGCUUAUUUGGUUUAUUGUAAUGAAGGAGAAGCAGCAGGAAGGAUUACAAGUGUAGCAAAAUGAGAACCACUCACAAUGUAGCGGAGCUUGAUCACCACUGUUAUUAAUUUAACCCUUUUCGGUAACUCACUGGUUGCAGUUUGUGUAUUUCUAUGUAUUUACCAGGUUACUGCAGAUAUAGUAACUUACAGAUAUGCUUCCAUCAUGUAGCUUGAUUCCAUAGUUAUCAAACCUGCCUUACACGCAAAGGGUCCUGGGUUCAAGAAGAGGGAUACCAUUAACAAGUUCACAUUUUUGCUGUGUGAUUUUUUAUUUUUUUUUCUAUUUCUCUCUUGUUGUCUGACGUGUGCUAAACCAAGGUCUCAAAACACGGGGAUUGACCAGGAGUAAGCGAGGAUUGAUCAAGAAUGCAGGCCAUCCCUCUGUAAUCCCAGACAGGGAUAAAGACCUUUGACCUUUACCAAUGUUUCUGGGAAUGGACAUCAGUUGAGCCUUUUGGUACAGUGGGGCUCUAAGGUGGUGGUGGAGUGUGUGUGGUGGGUCACAUCCCUUCUAAGACAUUUACCUUUACCUCGGAAGACCUUUUACCACAUGUGGCCAAUGAAGUCAAUGAAGGAUUAUACAUAAUUUCCAUGAAUCUGUGCAGCGACAGCGCUUUGACAGAGUUUCCAAUAAUGCCGGCUUCAGAAAAGCUCCCAGUAUUUCUGAUGAUGGAUGCUCGUCAGGAGCCUCGACACUUUCACCCGCUCGGAGUGAGAGAAUCCUGACAACAGGAAAUGUCCAAACUUCUUCUGACAGCUCCCAGGUUAAAUCACCGGGUUUUUUUCCAGUGACCGCCUAUAUGAGGCACAGCAGGUGUAUAUGAGGCCACUGUGCCAUGGAGGCGACGGAUAUCAGGAGCUGAAGACCAACUGCUGUGCAGUCAAGUGUUGACCUGAAGGUGUUGGUGGUGCAGACUGAAAACACUGUGAGGCAUACACCAGCAGUCAUAGUGGAGGAUCUAAGGAGAGCCAUAGCAUCCACCACUGAUGCAGCAGAGGGUGCAACAGCAGUGGUUUAGGAUAAAGAAGGUGGAAUUGUGGCUUACUGAUCAGUCAUAGUGGGGUCACCCGUGUCACCCAAUGACUCCAAGCAUCACUGAAGCAGCGUCAGAGCCGGGGCUUCCUAAUUGUAUUCAAGAUCACUGUGUCAGACCUUGAUGAUGCAUACAAUGGCAAAUAAAGGGGGAAUCAAUCACCGGGCGACGACGCUUCUGCUUCUCUGUACAAAUGGCGAGCAAACAGACAAAUGGGGUCACUGGGAGGGGGGCAAAGGAAGUCCCAGCAGCCAACAGGAGAGGGCAGAGGACACCCUGGACAGUUAACCCCACCACUGCAAACUCCAUAUAAAGUCCAUCAGUUACUGCCAGGGCUCUAACAGAGCAGGCGGAGGUUCAUUGGUGGUGCUGAUUUGCAGCAGGGUGCUAACAGCACACUGCGACCUCUGCUACCAAUACUCAAAGAAGUGCUGUGAAAGAAUGCCUGAGAGGGAGAGAGGGGGCAAGCACCUGGCAAGGCAACUGGCACAGGAGGAGAGGGCCGGGUCGGAGGUCUGGUCAGACCUGGGUCCACCGUUUUGCCCAUCUGCCGUUUCAAAGGCCACAUCAGCUGAGGUUUUCAACAACAGGCUGUUCGGAACUGCAUCAGCUUUUCUCAGCAAUCCACCUGGGGGUUUCCUGCUCUUUCAGCAUGCACUCUGGUGCCAACAGAACAGAUGAGGACACAAACUCCAGGCACCGCAGGAAACCACUGCACCAUCACACCUCCCUCUCAUGCGGCUCUCAAAUUGGGCAGUGGGCUGAAUCCUUGUCUGCAGCCACCUACACUGACGGUCAACUGACCGUGGACCCUCACUAAUCUGCACUCACCAUGGGUGGACCCUGCCAUCAACUGAUGACUGCCAGGAUUGGAUUCAACCCAAAUCAACAAGUUCUUUAAAGAACCACUGAGGCCAUCACCGAAAACCUGAGCUGCUGACAGUGUCAUUGGCACAGAUGGUGUGUGCCACUGGCCCACAGACCUUGGUCACAGCAACAACCCUCUACGGACUGCAGCUGAUGGUUUAAAAAAACGUCUUUUUUCUGCCCGGACUGUAAAUGAGACAGGAAAAUAAAGUCCUGAAUGUCACUCAGACCUGGCACUGCCAGUUGCCCCCAGCGCUCAUCAGAAUGCGGCGCCUCAGCAUCAACCUUGCCUCGACCUACCUUACUGCCUCCUGGGGGUAUUACUUCAUUCCUGUUCCGACCUCGGCACCCACAGAGUAGACCUUGUUUGGAAUCUUGGUUGUGCGGGACUUCUGUGGAUCCAGCGACCUUGACUGCAGACUACUGAAAAGCAGCAUCUGCAGCUGCAACCAUGGAGCACAAACAAACAGGGAAACGUGCUACACUGUGCAACCUCAUUCCAACAUGUUUCAGUCCAGAUUGCAGAGAUGAUGGACAGGUGACCGAAGAAUGGAGCGAGGAAGUUGGAUGAAGGGGAUGUGAUGGAGCCACGGCCCCUAGGAUUCCAGGUCAACUGCUGAACUCCAAAAGCACCCAUUUGAUCAUGACAUGUCAAGGGUGUGAGGAGAGAGAAGAAAGAGAGCAAGAAAGAAGAGAGAGAAAGACGGCACAACCCUGUGAAAAACUGCUCAUCGUUUGGCACCAGAUUGAGGGAUCCAUUUCAGGAACUGAUGUAUUAGCCUUGUGUUCACCUAAACCGGCCCUGGUUCUAUGCCCACGAGGUAAACUGUUCUGCUCCAUGCAAAACUCAGGAUCUGCUGGUGCUACAUGGCAGCAAUUAAAGGAGUGAGAUUUGCAUGUGUUCCUCCCUUUACCAUCUGACUGCUGUUUGAUACAAGGAGAGGUGAGACGUCGAAAGCUGGAUAAAAAGUCGCUGGCAGAGUCUUGACGGACUCACCUGGGUCUCCACAUCUGUAAGUUUGCGAGUCUGCUCUGCGGAGUGACUGAGGAGGUUGGUUCCCAUCUCGAGCAUGGCAGCUGUCUGGGUGUGCACCGCGGUCCUCUUUAUUUCCUCCAUCCCAGAGCGCACGUUUUCAUGAAUAAAGUUCUCCAGCUGUCAAGAGAGCAAACAGAUCCUCGGAAUAUGUUUCCCAAUGUCAAAUGCUGACACCAAGACCUUCUCAGGGUCUAUGACAAGUGGACACCUCUAACACAUCCAUCCCAUGAUCUUUAACAGUACCGUAAAAAUCCACAAAAGCUGAGAUCGACCAACGCGAGCCCUGUUUGGACAGAUGCUUCUGUGCCGCUUCCUGUUCCUCUUCAUUCUAUACCUUUCAUGCAGUGAAGUCACGGCCGUUCCCUGCUCCACAUUCCCCACUGCCACUGUUGUGUGGACACUCAGUGAAGCAGCAGCAUGUAAACCCAGUGUGUGGCCCACUCGCUCGUCACACAUGCCUUCAUUCGACACACUGUCCUGCGCUCCACUUGGCUAACGAGCAGCCUUGUUCCUGUGUUCAUCAUCCCACUGGAGAGAGAAUAUGCACCCCCCCGCCCCCCCCCCCCAGAUGUUGCUGCAGAGCGCCACAGAGGAUUGCUGUCUGAGGGUGGGUGUUUGCUGCCAUCUAGUGGAGACGUGAAAAAGCACUGCUGGGUGUAAUACAAGCUGCUUGAAACCGCCUGCCAUGCUUGGAUUUACCACAUGAUGUCACUAAAGUGUACAGUGUACAACCAAUACGUACGCCAGUAGAGCAGGAACACCUUUUCCUUCCCACCGUUCGCCCUCCCACCUUCCUCACCACUCUAUGCUCCCCUCCCCUCUCUCGGCUCUCCUCCGUCUCCUACUAAGUGCUCAUACCCACCACCACCACCACCCUCACCUCCAGCCUCCCCCCCAACACCUCUCAGACAGUUUUGCUCCACCAGUCCUGCACUGUGCUGGCCUAGAGAGGAGCGAGGUAGUGGAAAGAGGAGCUAGAAGAGUGGAUUUGGUGAACUGAGGAGAGGCAGACAGGUUAGCGGGACCAUGGCUGCUCUCUCUGCUGUCCUGAAGACCUGGGUUUUACUGCAGACUUUGUGCCUGGCUUUGGCCCAAGUGAGGGGGCCACCUGGACCACAGGGCCCACCUGGCCCACCAGGACCUUCGGGUACUCCUGGAUCAGACGGCAUCGAUGGGGAUAAAGGACCACCUGGGCCCCCAGGACCACUUGGGCAAAAAGGAGAGCCAGGAGAACCAGGUCCUGAUGGAGCACCGGGAGAGAAUGGCAUUGAUGGUUUGAUUGGAGCGAAGGGCGACCGCGGUCCCAUCGGGAGGCUUGGGCCGAAGGGUCAACCCGGGCCGAGCGGCGAACCUGGUGCUCCUGGCGCAGGCCUUCCAGGACUAGCUGGUGUUCCUGGGCCAAUCGGACUUCCUGGAGAAAUUGGACCAACUGGACCAAAGGGAAUCUUGGGACCACCUGGUGCUCCUGGACUUCCUGGACCUCCUGGCAAACCGGGUCCUCCAGGGAAAUUUAUCGGCGGGGAAGAAGGAAGUGCAGAAUUCCAAUGUCCUCUCAACUGUCCAGCAGGACCAAAGGGACCUCAGGGUCUGCAGGGAGUUAAGGGACACAAAGGGCGUGCUGGGAUUCUCGGCGACUCUGGCAGCAUUGGAAAAAUGGGUGUCAAGGGAGAAGCCGGCAUCUCCGGGGAACAAGGAAUCCCAGGACCUUCGGGUCCGAUCGGUCUGAGGGGUUAUCCAGGAAUGAUGGGUCCAAAAGGAGAGGCAGGGCCCCGCGGUUACAAGGGCAUCGGCGGACCUGUGGGAAUUCCUGGCCCUCCCGGUGAGGAGGGACCUCGGGGGCCACCCGGAGAGGCAGGAGACAAGGGCGACAAAGGCAGCAGAGGAAUCCAGGGCCCACAGGGAAUAACUGGCAAAAAGGGGGAGAAUGGUCUGCCAGGUAUAGACGGGAAAGACGGCACACCUGGUACUCCUGGAAUCAAGGGCGGCCCCGGCCAGGCCGGUAUGCCCGGUCCUCCCGGUCCUCAGGGGGCAGCGGGUUUACCUGGCAGUCCUGGUGCUAAAGGUGGAGCAGGAGAUAAGGGUGAGCCUGGCCUUCGAGUACUGCUAAAUGGAGAGCCCGGACUGCCCGGCGAGGCUGGAAUGGAAGGAGUUCCCGGGCCGAAGGGAGAUCGAGGCCAACGGGGAGCAGUGGGCCCACAGGGAGUCGUCGGAAAGGCCGGAGGUAAAGGAGAGAGAGGGCCUAUGGGAGUCCCGGGUGCCCAGGGCCUUAGUGGAACCAAGGGAGACAAGGGCUUCCAGGGAAAACCAGGUUCAAAAGGAGAUGUGGGAGACCCUGGUGUCGAGGGACUGGCUGGUGAGAAAGGUGAAAAGGGUUUGUCUGGUGAACCGGGACCUAAAGGACAGCAAGGAAUUAGAGGUGACCCUGGAUACAACGGACCUACCGGGGAUCCAGGUAAACCGGGAGACCAGGGCCCGGCAGGACUUCCUGGUCCUAGGGGACUGAAUGGUGAGCGCGGAGUACCUGGCAUGCCUGGUAUUCAGGGGUCAGCGGGCCGUGAUGCGUCUGACCAGCAUAUCAUUGAAGUGGUUCUGAAGAUGUUGCAGGAAAGGCUAGCUGCAGUAGCGGUGAGUGCCAAAAGGGCCGUGAUGGGGGGUGCCGGCGUAAUGGGCCCCCCGGGGCCUCCCGGACCUCCCGGUUCUGCCGGGCCGCAGGGACCGCAUGGAUUACCUGGUGCCAGGGGUGUUCCCGGAAUGAUCGGAGGUCCCGGUCAGAUAGGCAACAGUGGACUCAAAGGAAAACGAGGGCCAAAAGGACAAAGAGGGGAUCCAGGUAGAGCCCAUCCAGGACCACCAGGACCUCCUGGAAUUCAAGGUCCUCCCGGUGUGGAUGGUGUGGCUAAGGACGGAAGACCCGGCGACAGAGGACCUCAGGGAUCGGCCGGGGAAGCCGGGCGUCCGGGCAAGGCGGGUUCAACAGGUCUCCCUGGCUAUUGUGAGGCCGCCAUGUGUCUGGCCGCAUCUGCAUACACCUCACCCAGACUACAGGAAGCAGGAACCAUCAAAGGACCCGGCCUUUAAAAUACAUCUCUCCACAUCUGCAGCUGGGAGAGACAGGUACACAGAGAAAACUUUAAGUCAGCAAAAGAGCAUGGGGCUGCAAUAAUAUUGACUGGAUGUAUAAUACUCCCCUUCGUUACCAUCACAGCGUCUCACACCUUAUCUGCGCCUUCUCCGUAGUGUCCAGGGUAAUUUCAGCACACACUAGGAAUCCUUCCCAUCUGACCUCGGUCAACAGAAGCUGUAUGUCCGAAAAGAUGUUACUGUUCCGCUCCUUCAAAAUGUGCAAAAUAAACGAUGCGGGCCAAUUCACCCUCACUACUGUACUGUCAAAUGUACCCUGUCCAAUCUGUGAGCUACAUUGAUUUACCUUGUGUACAUCCCACCACCCUCUUCCUCUCCUUUCUACCCUACUCUCAUUUUAGAAACUAAUGACUACUUUCAUCUUUUCCUCCUGUUGCCUGGCAACAGCAUAUCCCAGUAGGCACUCCCGUGUCCCAUAAUGCGGUGCUGUAAAUCUUUGUAAAUGUUUGUUGAUUACUAUGUAAAGGAAAAACAAUGGGUUUCCAUACUCAUCGACAGAAAUCCCGUGUCAAUGCAUAAUACAAAGUUCCUGCGCAAAUAACUCCCCCUCCGAACCCAUCAGUCACUGUUCCAUGUGCCUCCCACGCCACAAUCAAUCUUCCAGAAGAUGUCGGCAUGAGUGACCCAUUUCUUCCCUUAUGCCAAAACUAUUUAUUGUUACUUGCAUAGUCAUUUGUGGAGAGGGUUUUCCCGUACCUAUUUCAGAUAAACCCAAACAAAUAAAAAGAGACCUUUUGUAAAA